CCGGCGUUCAGUUUCAGACUCGUUUGUCUUCACCUUGAACCUGCACAGAAAAACAGUUUCACUUCACAUGCAAUAAAAGUGUCUCCUCCGGCUUGAGGAAGAGACACAAUUAUGUGAGCAACAAACCGGUUGGAUUCUUCUUGUGCUUUUCCUGCUUGACAAAUUCCCCCAGUCGAAUCAAACAGAUUGCGUAUGAAAUGGAGAAGUGUCACAGACCCAAACCCUCAGGAGAUUAUAGGCCUGUAUAACAGCACGUUUCACCUGAGCGACCCGUAAGAGCGUGUAAAACUCAUCCGUCUGCCGUCUGCCGCCGCUGAACCUGCGCUGGCGAGCGAGGAUGCUAGUGCCGGGCCGCGGCCGGUGACGAUGUACGCGGCGUCCGGGAUGACGGAGUGCAAGGCGGAGGUCACGCCGUCGGAGCGAAACGGGCACCGCGUGUUUAGCUACACGCUGGAGAGCCACACGGCGGCCGCCUUCGCCAUCAUGAACGAGCUGCGGAUGGAGCGCCAGCUGUGCGAUGUCACGCUGAGGGUCAAAUACAACGAGCUCCAGGCCGUGGACUUCGUGGCUCAUAAGGUGGUGUUGGCGUCGUCGUCGCCGGUGUUUCGUGCCAUGUUCACCAAUGGGCUGAAGGAGUGUGGGAUGGAGGUGGUGCCCAUCGAGGGGAUCCACCCAAAGGUCAUGGGCCGGCUCAUCGAGUUCGCGUACACGGCGAGCAUCUCUGUGGGGGAGAAGUGUGUGAUUCACGUGAUGAACGGGGCCGUCAUGUACCAGAUCGACAGCGUGGUGAAGGCCUGCUGUGAUUUCCUCGUGACGCAGCUCGACCCGAGCAACGCCAUCGGCAUCGCCAACUUCGCCGAGCAGAUCGGCUGCACAGAGCUUCAUCAGAAGGCCAGAGAAUACAUCUACAUGAACUUCAGUCAGGUGGCGACGCAGGAGGAGUUCUUCAACCUCACUCACUGUCAGCUAGUGACGCUAAUCAGCCGCGACGAGCUGAACGUGCGCUGCGAGUCCGAGGUGUUUCACGCGUGCGUGGAGUGGGUUCAGUACGACCGCGAGAACCGGCGUCCGUACGUUCAGGCGCUUCUCCAGGCCGUCCGCUGCCACUCGCUCACGCCGAACUUCCUACGCCGGCAGCUCGAGCACUUCGAGUGGGACGCGCAGAGCAAAGACUACCUGUCCCAGAUCUUCCAGGAUCUCACGCUGCACAAACCCACCAAACUCAUUCCCUGUCGGACACCCAAAGUCCCGCAGCUCAUCUACACGGCGGGCGGAUACUUCCGGCAGUCGCUCAGCUACCUGGAGGCGUUCAACACCUGUACGGGCGCGUGGCUACGGCUAGCGGACCUGCAGACGCCGCGCAGUGGGCUAGCGGCGUGUGUUAUUAGCGGUCUGCUGUACGCGGUGGGCGGGAGGAAUAACGCUCCUGAUGGAAACAUGGACUCAAACACGCUGGACUGCUACAACCCGAUGAAUAACUGCUGGCUGCCGUGUGCGCCCAUGAGCGUCCCGCGCAACCGCAUCGGUGUCGGCGUGAUCGACGGGAUGAUCUACGCGGUGGGCGGCUCGCACGGAUGCCUACAUCACAACAGCGUCGAGAGGUACGACCCCGAGCGAGACUGCUGGCAGCUGGUAGCGCCCAUGCUAACGCGGCGCAUCGGUGUAGGCGUAGCCGUGAUCAACCGUCUGCUGUACGCGGUGGGCGGCUUCGACGGGACUCACCGGCUGAGCUCGACCGAAUGCUACAACCCCGAGAAAGACGAGUGGAGGAGCGUGGCGUCCAUGAACACAGUCCGCAGCGGCGCAGGUGUGUGUGCGCUGGGGAACUUCAUCUACGUGAUGGGCGGUUACGACGGCACGAAUCAGCUGAACACGGUGGAGCGCUACGACGUGGAGACGGACAGCUGGAGCUUCACAUCAUCCAUGAGGCACAGACGCAGCGCGCUGGGAGUGACGGCGCACCACGCGCGCAUUUACGUGCUGGGAGGGUAUGAUGGGAACACGUUCCUGGACAGCGUGGAGAGUUUCGACCCAGAAACAGACUCGUGGACUGAGGUCACCAACAUGACGUCAGGUCGUAGCGGCGUCGGAGUCGCCGUGACCAUGGAGCCGUGCCAGAAGGGCCUGAGCCCGUGUCAGAAACACUAGCUCUCUCGCUCGCUCACUCUCUCUCUCUUUCACACUCACUCACUCUCUCUCUCUUUUACACUCACACUCA